AUGACCAUUGGUAUAAUAAUAAUUUGUUUUACUGUACCAAAACAACAAGAUCGACCAUGUCAACAUAUCUUUAAGACAACUGCAAGAAGUUCAAGUGGCUAUAAUUCACGUCCACCAUCAGCAGCCAUUGGCAAUUUAAAUAAUGAUAGUCAGUUAGAUAUUGUUGUAGCUAAUUCUGGAACAGACACUGUUGGUAUCUUUCUCGGUUAUAAUAAUGGAAUCUUUCAGGCACAAAAGACCUAUUCAACUGGCUCUAAAUCACAACCAUAUUCAGUAGUAUUAGGUGAUUUUACGGAUGACAAUAAAUUAGAUAUAGUUGCUCUUAACUAUGGUACCAACAGUAUGGGUUUACUGGUUGGACAUGGUGAUGGAACAUUUGAAGAUAUUCGUCUUUAUUCACUGGGUACUUCUCGACCAGUGUCUGCUACUGUUGCUGAUUUAAACAAUGAUAUGUAUCUUGAUAUAAUCAUUGCAAAUUAUGAUACUAGUACCAUAGGCAUCUUACUUGGAUAUGGUAAUGGAUCUUUUUCUAUGCAAGUAAAAUAUUCAACUGGUUAUGAUUCUCUUCCAUGUUACAUUGUUGUUGCUGAUUUGGAUAAAGAUAAUCACUUAGAUCUUAUUAUCUCAAACUCAGGUACUAACAAUGUAGCUAUAUUUCUUGGACAUGGUAAUGGAUCUUUCUCAUUCUCAUAUCUAUAUUCAACUGGAGUUGAUUCACAUCCAGUCACAGUUGCUGUUGGUGAUUUAAAUGGCGAUGAUCGACUGGAUAUUGUGGUUGCCAAUUAUGGAUCUUCUACUGUAGGUGCAUUUCUUAAUUAUGCUAAUGGAACAUUUUCGAAGAUGAAAAUAUCUGUAAUUGACUCUAUAGUUCAUGCGCACUCUAUAGUCAUUGGAGACUUCAAUAGAGACAAAAUAUUAGAUGUGGCCGUAGCCAAUACAGGCAAUGAUAGUGUUGUUGUACUUCGUGGAUCAGAUAAUGGAACAUUUGUAAGUCAGGAGACGUACUCUACUGGUAUUGGUUCUACUCCUGUCUUUUUGCUGGUUGAUGAUUUUAACAACGACAAUGAAUUAGAUCUCAUCACGGUUAAUAAUGGCACCAACAAUAUAGCUAUAUUUCUUAGAUAUAGCAUUAAAGCAUUUUCGAACCAAACCAUGUAUUCAACCGGUUAUCUCACUGUGCCUAUAUCAUUGGCUCUUGGUGAUUUUAACAAUGAUGGUCUGCUCGAUAUCGCUGUUGCUAAUUCAAGAGGCUCUAACGUAGGUGUAGGCAUAUUCCUCGGAUACAACAAUGGAUCUUUUGGUGCACAAACAAUGUUUUCCAUGGGAAGUGUUUCAUAUCCUUUAUCGAUUGCUGUAGGUGACUUUAAUAAUGACAGUUUACUUGAUAUUGUUGUUGCCGACUACGGUACUAAUAAUAUAGACAUUUUUCUUGGGCAUGGCAAUGGAUCUUUUGCUACGCAAAUGGUAUUUUCAACCGGGACUGGUUCUGGUCCUUCAGCAGUCGUUGUGGACGAUUUUAACAAGGACACUUUACUCGAUGUCGUCGUUGCAAAUACCUAUGCGGAUAAUGUGGGUAUAUUUCUUGGAUAUGGCAAUGGAACCUUUAUAUCACAAAAGACAAUUUCAACUGGAAUUGGUUCGAGUCCUUCUGCGAUCGCUAUCGGCGAUUUUAACAAUGACGAUCUACUUGAUAUCGCCGUCACCCAUGCUAGUACUAGUAAUUUAGGUAUAUAUCUUGGCUAUGGAAAUUGGACAUUUGUAGGACAAACGGUAUAUUCAGUAGGACAUGGCACUUCUUUUUUCUCAGUCGCUGUAAGUGAUUUUAAUAACGACACUAUGCUAGAUAUCGUUGUUUCCAACUAUCUGGAUGACACUAUAACUAUACUUUGUGGAUACGGAAAUGGAAGUUUCGAUAAAAUGCUAACAUAUUUCAUUGGAUAUGGUUCUCGUCCGACUUCACUUGCGCUUGGUGACUUUAAUAACGAUAAUAUACUAGAUAUUGCUUUCUCAAAUGCUGGUAUUAAUAAAAUAGGAGUGCUUUUUGGACAUGCUAAUGGAACUUUUGGGAUGUUGACAUUUUAUCCAACAGGUGAUGGGUCUCGUCCAUUCCCGAUCAUGGUUGGUAAUUUUAAUCAUGACAUGUGGUUGGAUAUUGUAGUGGGAAAUAUUAAUGCUGCUAGUGUGGGUGUGUUUCUUGGUCUUGAUAACAUAUAUGCAGCUAAUCAAGCGACCUAUUCAACCGGUUCUGGCUCACAUCCAUGUACCGUACUAGUCAAUGAUGUCAAUAACGAUCAUCUAUUUGAUCUUAUCAUCGUCAAUUCAGCACAUGACAAUAUUGGUAUUCGUUCAGGAUAUGGAAAUGGAAGUUUCACCGAAGAAAGAACAUAUCCUGUAGAAAAAGGUUCUCGUCCACAAUUUGUUGUUGUAGGAGAUUUCAACAGUGACUCUCAUAUGGAUAUGGCCAUUACCAAUACCGGAAACGAUAGUGUCACUGUUGCUUUUGGAAAUGGCAAUGGAAUUUUCACAAAUCAAACGGUACAUUCUACUGGAUAUGGCUCACAUCCAUCAUUUGCUACAGUUGGUGAUUUUAAUAAUGACAAUCGACUGGACCUUGUUAUUUUGAAUGAGGGCACUCAUACUGUUGGAGUUUUUCUUUCUUUCGAGUAUGCCACAUUUAGAAAGCACAGUUCUUCUUCAACUGGAACGAAUUCUAAUCCGGAAGCCAUCGCUGCUGGCGAUUUCAAUAACGACAGCCUGUUGGAUGUAGUGGUCGCAAAUUCUAAUACAAAUAAUAUAGGCAUAUUCCUCGGAUAUGGCAAUGGGACGUUUGCACCACAAAAAACUUUUUCAACUGAGAGUGGUUCGACUCCAUUUGCAGUUGUUUUAGGCGACUUUAACAAUGACAGUUUACUCGAUGUCGCUGUUGCUAAUUCCGGUACUAAUUAUGUCAGUAUAUUUCUCGGAUAUGGUAAUGGAACAUUUACAUCACAAAAAACAUUUUCAACCGGAAAUGAUUCUCUUCCUAGGUCGAUCGUUAUAGGUGACUUUAACAACGACAAUCUACUCGAUAUUGCCGUCGCCAAUUCCUAUAAAGAUAAUAUAGGUAUCUUCCUCGGCUAUGGUGAUGGAACUUUUGCAACACAAAGGACAUUUUCAACGGGCAAUAGUUCUCUUCCCUACUCGAUAGCUGUAGGUGAUUUUAACAAUGAUAGUCUUCUCGAUGUUGCUGUCGCCAGUUUCAGAACUAAUUAUGUUAACAUCUUUCUUGGGUAUGGAAAUGGAAGUUUUAUAUCACAAAAACAAUUGUCGACUGGAAGUGGUUCAAGUCCUUUCGCAGUGGCUGUAAGUGACUUUAAUAACGACAGGUUCCUCGAUAUCGCCGUUGUCAAUUCGAAUACUAGCACUUUAGGCAUAUUUCUCGGAUAUGGCAAUGGAACAUUUACAUCGCAAAUGGUAUAUUCAACUGGAAAUGGUUCUAUUCCGAGAAUGCUUACAAUCAGUGACUUGAACAACGACAAUAGGCUGGACAUUGCUGUGGUCAAUUUUGGUGCAAAUAAUGUGGGUAUUUUCUUCGGAUAUGGUGAUGGAACUUUUACUGAACAGAUGACAUUUGCAACUGGAAGUGGUUCUCUACCGAUUGCGGUCACCAUCGGAGAUUUUAACAACGACAACAGAUCUGACAUCGUGGUAGUCAAUCGUGCUGGUUACAAUGUUAUGGUGCUUGUUCGAGAUGGUAGUCAACCUUUUCUUACCAUGAAGACCUAUUCAACUAGUGAUGGCUCUCAUCCAAAAUCUAUGGCUACUGCAGACUUCAACAAAGAUUAUUAUCUCGACAUUAUUGUUGCUAAUACUGAUAAGAAUAAUAUAGGUAUACUAAUGGGAUAUGGUAAUGGAACCUUUAUGAAACAAACAACAUUACAAACAGGAAAUCGUUCUCAACCAUGCUCAGUUGCCGUCGGUGAUUUCAAUAAUGAUAACUUACUAGAUAUCGCUGUUGCUAAUUCUGGUACGAAUAAUGUCGGUAUAUUCCUCGGAUAUGAAAAUGAAACAUUUUCAUCUGUAACUACUUAUUCAACUGGAGAUUCUUCGAUUCCAUACUCGAUUGCUGUCAGUGAUUUCAACAAUGAUAAUUGCCUUGAUGUCACUGUUGCCAAUCUAGGCUCUACAGAUAUACUUAUUUUAUUUGGAGAUUGUCAUGGAAGCUUUGGAAAGGCACAGUCUUAUUUAUUAGGUUAUGGUUCUCAAUUGUAUUCAGUAGCUGUUGGUGAUUUCGAUCGAGAUAAUUGGACUGAUAUUGCUGUUGCAAAUUAUGGUCGUGAUGAAGUGGAAGUUCUUUUGCAACCAUGUAGUAAAACCUAA